GUGCUAGAGGUAUAUUUCAACCGGGCGAAUUCGCUGGUCCUGACAGCUUCGAGGGCCAUUCUCUUUCUCAGCAGAGCUUUUAGCAGGGCUUGUUUUCGUCUUUGGAAUUUCUGCCGCAUAAAUUGUGGUUCAAUCAAAGCAACAUGUCGCAGACAAUCGGAAGGACCCGUCUCGCCUACUCGCGGACAUGGCACCACAUCGACGUCGGCGCAGAUGACCGCUCCCUUGGCCGAUUGGCGUCAUCAAUUGCGGUUUUUCUCAUGGGCAAACACAAGCCCAUCUACGACCCAUCGACUGACUGCGGCGACUACGUUGUUGCUGUCGGCUGCCGCGACCUUUACACAACGGGCAAGAAACGUUUCCAGAAGAAAUACUACACACAUACCACUCGACCAGGUAGCUUGAAGAGCAUGACAAUGGACAAGAUGUUUGAAAAAUGGGGUGGUGGUGAGGUUCUGCGGAGAGCAGUAAGAGGCAUGUUGCCCAAAAACCGUCUGCGAGAUAAGAGAAUGGACAGACUGAAAACAUUCGAAGGCUUGGCCCAUCCUUACAAGAAAAAUAUCGUUAAAAUCAACGGAAAAUCCGUCCUUAGCAGCCUGCCAGAAGUUACUGCUGCUUUCAAGGCGGAAAAAGACGCGGCAGAGAGCUCUACCUCCACCGUGAAUUAAAUUAUUCACGCAACCUGUUACAUACCAUUAACUCAGGUCUUGUCUACUAUUCUCUUGUUUUCCUAAGCGCAUGGGCGGAGUCUUGGUUUUUUCUUUCUUUCUUUUCAACAACUUUAUUCAAUGUGCGCUGUACGAUAUGGAUCUAAGAUCUUCCUUAAUUGGUUGCAUACUUUGUAUACUAUAAGCACCUAUGAGAAACUUAUAGAUUUC